CAUGUUUCUGUACUUUCUGUCCCCAACUCUAUAAACGCAGCUCGGAGUGAGCGAUUCAUUAAUUGUCAUCUCUUCUCAUGCUCUCCUUCAAUCAAUAAACAAAAUGAUGGUACCUCUAACAGAUUUCCCUGUAACAGACACGACUCUUUCUAACCCACUACUCCCACAAACCACAAGCAGCAGCAGCAGUAGUGAUAAUUCUGAUGAUAGUCGCCACACUUCACAUCGAUUCGCAUUGGAGGAUGUUAAUUUUCAAUUCCACAGCAUCCCCAUCUGCGGAUCAUAUCGACCUUUGGCCGUCCUAUCUGGGCACACUGGAUCAGUUUCUUGUCUGGGUCUCUGUGGUGAGUUCAUCCUAAGCGCCUCACAAAGUAAGGACAUCAUAGUGUGGCAACAGCCCCAGCUGAAGCAAUUUGCCAAGUUUGGACAAGGUGAUGGGUCUGUUAAGGCYCUCGUGGCCGGCGGCAACAAAGUAUUCACGGCGCAUCAGGAUAGCAGGAUCAGAGUCUGGAAGGUCUCAAGAAGCUCAGAGAAUAUUUUCAAGCUUGUUGCAACAUUGCCAACUACGAAGGACUACUUGGGCAGAUUCAUGAAGCAGAGCAAUUAUGUCCAAACUAGGAGACACCACAGACGUUUAUGGAUUGAGCAUGCUGAUAGUAUUUCUUGUUUAGCAAUCGACAAUGGCUUGAUCUAUUCAGGAUCUUGGGACAAGACCCUGAAGGUGUGGAGGGUCUCGGACCUCAAGUGCUUGGAGUCCAUAAGAGCCCACGACGAUGCAAUUAAUGGGUUGGUUGCAGACAAGGGAUUAGUGUACUCGGCUGCUGCUGAUGGAAAGAUCAAGGUCUGGUGCAAGGAUGCCAAGAGCUCAUCACAUUGUCUGAAAGGAGUAUUGGAGGGACACAAGGGUGUAGCUUUGAAUUCAGUGAUCGUGUGUGAGGAUGGAAGGAUGGUGUAUGGAGGUGGAUCAGAUGGGUGUGUGAUGGGGUGGGAGAGAGAUGAGGAUGGUGGUAGUUGGAAGUUGGUUUGUGAGCUAAAAGCUCAUAGGAUGGCUGUUCUGUGCUUGUGUUCCAUUGGGGAGUUUGUUUGCAGUGGUUCAGCUGAUAAGAGCAUAGGUAUAUGGAAGAGAGAGGCUGGUGGUUGGCUUUCAAGUUUUGGAGUUUUGAGUGGACAUGAAGGACCAAUCAAGUGCUUACAGGCCUCAACUGGUGGUACUGAAGGUGGGUUUUUGGUAUACAGUGGAGGUCUUGAUAGAAGCUUGAGGGUUUGGUGGGUUCUCAAAGAGAACUCUGGAAAGGGAGGGGAGAGGAAUUCUGUGAUACCAAGUACAGAGCAUAUCUUGAGUUGAGGGGUUUUCCUUCUUUUUCUUUUGCUUUUAUGUUUUUCUUAUUGGGUUUUCUCACUUGUAAUUUACAGGGAGAGAUGGACACUGUUCUUUUUGCRUUUACAGUGCUCCCCAUAUUGAUCUUGAAUUGGGUUUUUCA